UAGAACCAUUGGCAUCUUCUCGAAUCGUCGCCCAUGCUUCAUUCCUCCUGCUCACUCUCCUCCUCCACCUUUUACCGCAAUGCAUCAGACGUAGCCUCACUCUGAGUCUAGCCAAACGCCAUCGGAGCGUCAGGCGCGACGUUCGUCUCAGCUACUGGGAAACAGAAGUGCGCAUUUACGGAGGCGUUUUACAUUUGGUUUUGUAUUUCUGUCUGUAGGGUCAGUGCAUGAUGACAGUCUUCGCAUCAGGCUAUUUCAGGUUAGAGACGUAGAUUAGCCUAAAUAUUUGGCCAUGUUUUUUUUUUUUUUUUUUUUUUUUGCUUAGCUACUUUGGAUAGCUGUGAGGUCAGAUUAAUAAAAGCUGAGUAGGUUAACCAUUCAAAAGAGGAUUUUUUUACCAGAAACGAGGUGAAGAAUUUGGGAAGAGAGAAGACUGAAGAAAACAAGAGGAAGACAUUUGUGAAGGGCAGCGAAAGGACAGUCAUGUGAGCCUCUGAAUUGCUGAUGGACCACAUCCGAAAUAGCCAAGUAUACAUGGCCGUCUCUAUGUCCUCGCACGCAGAUUGUUAAAUGAAUUUAAACUGACUACAUAGGCUACGCUGGAUGGGCUACAAUUUAUAAGUCAUCUGGUGACACAGAUGUAGUUUUCCUGUGUUCAGUGAUGAAAAUGCUGGCACCAGAUUAUGAACUAAUUGCAUUAUAUUUAGCUGAAGGAAAAUUUGCAUAUCCGAUGUAUUCAUGUGAGCCACCCAUAUAUUUCUGCCGUGGGAGUUGGCCUAGUCCAUUACUCAAGUAAAGAGAAAUUGAAUGUAAUAAGGCCUGGAUAAAGUAAACUCAGGAAAUUAGAUUAUUCUCAGGGUAGCCUACACGUUCGAAAAUAUUUGCACACAUGUCGGUAUUAGCGAAUGUGGGAAUGAUGUUGAAAUGAUUGAGCAGUUUCUUAUUUGACAUAACCUCAUGAAAUGAAUAUUUGCAACAACAAAAAAAGCAACAUAAGCAAUAUAGCGACGUUGAUUUAAUCAUUGAAUCUAUUGUUUUAGCAGUUGAAUCAAAUGAGCCAAAUAUAAGAAGCACUUUUACCUUUGUGAGGUAGGCCUUCAUUUCAUUUUGCACUUUUAAAUUGUAAGCUAGUCUUGUUUCCUGUCCAAUGCUAUUAAUAGCUUGGCAUUAUCUAAGAUUUUAAAAGAAGAUUAUUUUAUUUUUCUCAAUUUCACAAAGUCAGAAAGUCUUCCUGAAGUGAGCUACGUGUUAAUUGUGCUAGGAUUGUUAUUGUUUAUGGCCUUGUCCAAAGCAGUUGUUUGUUGAAUCCAACAGCAAGAAGAUUCAAUCUUGUGAGGAACAUCAUUGCUAUCUUUCUUUUUUGAUUUUUGAAAAGACUACAAAUCUAAUGCACAUCUUUGAGAAGUGUUUCACACAUCACUGUGCUACCGAAGUGGCCUCCUAGUAUGUAGGGGGCAGGUAUUUACAUGAACUGAAAGGUUUCAGAUUUACAAAAGAAGAGACAUAAGCAAGAGGCCAUCCUUGCACAGAAGAAUUUGUCACAUGUGAAGUGAAAUGGACUUGUACCAAGUGAAAAUGACUCCAGUACGCCUACGUGUUUUCCUCUUUGCCUUGUUUUGUGCGAUGUAUGUUUCCUUGGUCAAUGGAGCCUGUGCUGAAGUGGACUCUGAUACUGAGGCGGUGGCCGGCCAGGGCUUCAAACUGGGAUGCAUCUCGUGCAAGUUGAGGGGCGAGGUGGUGGCCACUGCCACCGUGGACUGGUUCUUCAUGUCCAAAGGAGAACAAAUGUUUAUUCCUAUCUACAGUUAUGAUGGCCAGAGCUCUAUGAUUAAAGAUGACCGAUUUGAAGAUCGCCUAGAGUGGGUUGGAAGCAGAUACACUCUAGAUCUGCAGGAUGCGUCCAUCUACAUCACCAAUGUCACCUUCAAUGACACCGGAGUCUUCCGCUGCUUGUUCAACCGAAUCCUGAGUUAUGAACAUUAUGAGUAUGCAACUGAAGCCACCAAGGAUGUGAAGCUUUCUGUGGUGGCCAAAGCAACCCGUAGCACAGCCUCCAUCGUGUCAGAGGUCAUGAUGUACGUGUCCAUCAUCGGGCUACAGCUUUGGCUGCUGGUUGAGAUGAUAUAUUGCUACAGGAAGAUCAUGGCAGCUGGAGAGGAGGCAUUGAGGGCAAGCGCGGAAGAAUAUUUAGCAAUAGCUUCAGAAAGCAAAGACAACUGUGCAGCAGUACAAGUAGCAGAAUAACACAGAUCCUAUCAUUGGAUCAUUCUGCUCACUUCCUCAUCAACUGGAUUUCUAUCAACUUCUUACCUGUGCAUGGAGACAUUGUGGAGAUGCAUCCAAUUUCUCAGAUUUUUUAAUGCUUUUGCCUUUUAUGAGAUACGCCACAGAAAGGAAGGAAUUUGCAUGAUUGCAAUUAACCAUUAGCAUGUCUAACAUUAUAUAUAGCCGAUCAAUCAAUAGCCAUACUUAACUGAAAACUAACUGUGAAAGGGGAAUGUGCAUCACAAACAAUGUUGCUUUAAAACAUUUUAUCAAAUUGCACUUUGUGCAGGAUCUCACUUUGAUAGCAAAGUAAUACAUUGUAUUAUCUCCAUCCAAAGGGUGGGAGACAGUAUAAGCAGCAGUUGCACCAAAUUCCAUAUGUGAACGCUAUAAGUGUCAUAAAUUAUAGCAAAUUAAUUAUAGCCUCUCUGAGCCUAUCGAACUUGGACUAAUGCAAUGCCAUUGUCAGCACAUUAUGAAAAUUACGCACAGCAUCACAGUGUUGUUUAAAUACCCAAUAUGGUCACUUGAACUGAAUUUUACUACAAUGUCACACUUGUAAAUUCAAUCACUAGCCAGCCAGCAGUUCUGAACUAACAAAGUAUACAGUUGUAUAGAAAUUGAAUUGAAACAAAGUAAUGUGAAAUGAAAUUAAAGGAAGAAAGGGAAAAACUGAAUAGAGAAUAAUCUGUGUGUUCAGUAUGAAAUACAUGUUAGGCCAUGUUCUUUUGUAAUGUGAACUGUAAUUAGAAUAUGCAUUCUAUAUUGCUGGAUAUCAAUAAAUACUUGUUGUUUAUAGGCACUUUAGCACUGAUAUCCCAGCAAUACUGUAUAUGCAUGGCCCAAGGGCAAUAAUGGAAGUAUACCACGCACACAAGGUCACAAUGCACAUUUUGUCCAAAUACAUGUAAAACAAAAGAAGAACCUAUGCUUGCCAAAUAUAGUAAACAUGUAGUAAGUCAGGUUAUAUGAAUUAUAGUAUAAAGUGAAGACAUAUAGAAUCAAGCAACAUUUUACAGAGAUGACAUAAUGAGAUCUUAGCUGUCUGUCAUAUACGCAAAUUAAAAGACACUGUUAAAUGGCUAA